ACCAUAAACAUUUUAGAUAAUGUUGAAUCCGGGGAAGAUCGACACGUCAUCAAGUGCAAACACCAUCAUAUUCUGUAGUUAACAGAUCUGGACGAGUCAUCUCCACACCUCUGAUGAAUAUCUUCGUGUAGCUAUUACUCAAAUCAAUCGAUGAGGUCAACGUGAUGCACCGACCUGUCUCAAUCGUUUUCCGUCACCGGGAAACCACCACAACCGUUUUCCGUCACCGGUGUUGUUUCAGUUCGGAACAUCAUCCGACGACCAACCCGUCACCAUAAUCAGGCAACUAUGUCGCACCCUCAGCCCCACUCUUACACGAAUUUGUAUGAUCUCAUAAACAGCUACAAUCGGCCAUCCAUGGGAGCUCCGGAAUUUACGAUGAAUCGGACCUCGCGUUGUAUUUUGUGUAAUCGCUAGAGAGAGACUAAUGAAGAUAAACCGUCUCUCUCGCUAAAACCGACGGUUUCUCUCUCUAGGAAAGGACAAAGACGACGACAACAAAAAAGCUUCACAGAUAUGGUCAUAGAUAAACGGUCAUCAUCUUCUGAACAGAAUCAUCUGUCACGGAAGCGUCAAGAGGUCGAAAAUGGUAGUGAAUUGGAGAAAUCGACGCCGGAGGAGCGGAGUGGUUUUGACGGCUGCGGAAUCCAGGUGCAGAUCAUUUUCGCUUACAAUCGACUGAACUAGCAGAUGGGUAAUGCCUUUGUCUACCGCUGGAUACGUACGUGAUUUAGUUUAGGUUUUGAUUUUUCUGAAUGGGGGGCUGGGCUGUUAGUAUAUUUUGGUUUAGUUAAGAACUUAUUUUAUGUUUAUGGGCCACUUGAGUUGAGUGCAUCAGUGCAUGUAUCCAGCGGUAUCAGUGCAUGUAUCGACCACUAACCCUUAACAUGCCUUUCCUACACCCCUAACUGUUCCCCCACUAGGAAAGGCAUGUGCAUCAGUGCAUGUAUCGACCACUCAUUCCGACUGUUGAUGUAUGUGAGACUGCGAGAGAUCGGAACUUAUUUCGUUUGCAUUGAAUAUCCUACCGACUCAUAAAUAAAAAUCAUGAAACUAACUAUUUUGUAAGUGUUUAUUUAGUUUAGGUAUUGACUUUUAACAUCAGUGGUAAAUAUUGAGGUGAUUCGAUGGGUUAAAAACGACAAUUGUAGGUUCUGUUUUAGUUUUGCUUCUUCUUUUGGUUUUAUAUAGAAUAUUGAUUAACAAGUUUGUGAUGCCUACAAUUAGUUUGAUUUCCAAAUUGAAGCUCUAUGUUACUAAUUUAAAGUAUAAUGGUUAACUCUGCAUAGUGGGCCACAUAAAAUUAGUGUACAGAUUGGUUAUUAAUCAAUGGUGGAUGCUUAAAGUUUGGUUGAAAUUUCAGGUCAAGUGUAGUCAUCAAAGUCAACCUGAUACUGUUGAGUUAUAGCUGGUUUGGAGUUGUGUCCAGCCCCUAAUUGUGUUGCAAAUCACAUAUGCCUUCAGUUUUAUUGACAUGUAAAAUUAAUGGCAAAACAGUACUUCCAACUCCAGUUUUUGUUAGAAGUUAGAUGCUCUUUUGGACAUUUUUUUACUGACAGGUUAGAGGCUGCUUUGGGUGUAAAUUAUGAGUGUCGAUUUACAGGAUAUCUAAGACUAUUUCAGACAUUAUUAAGCUACAAAAAUCACAUACUAAUUUUGAUCAUGCAGUAAGAAAGAGAGAUUGUAAUGAAGGUCCUCGAGACUAUAGCUGAUGUUGGCCCAGAUACCCAACUAUCGGAUAAUGAGAUCGCAACUCGCUUGUCAAUCUCGAUGAUGAUGCCACGAAUAAACUUGACCGGAUGCUUCAGUUACUAGCGAGCUAUUCACUUGUGUCACGUACACCCAAGGGGACUCUAAAUCUAAGCCAACUAGAGUGUACGGACCUGCGUUUGUUGCGAGGCCCUUUAUCCUUAUCGAGGAUGCAACGUCGUUUGUCCGAUGAUGGAUUUGUUGCAAGAUGAGGUGACCAUCAAGAGCUGAAGAUGCUCCCGCAUGGAGGAUGUUUGCUCCGGAUUUCGAGGGUACGGUUGAGACCGUAGUUUGUGCGGAUGGUGAACAGGAUCACAACACUAUCAUCCGUAGUAACUUCCGGGUGCCUACUGCGGCUGCACUGGCAGUUGAGUUGCCAGUAGGCAAAGGUGAUCUUGGGGCCUUGGGGGACCCUGAAGCGAAAGGUGUGCCAAAGAGGCAAACUGUGAAGGGCGUGCGCUUCCGCCAAAAGAAGAUAAAGGAGGUCACUACUGUGCCUCAUCUGGUGCCGCAGGCAGCAGCCGCGGAGUCACGUUCUGGUGCUGCGAAGAAGCAGGCAGAAGAGGUGGCUGCGGGAGGGACAGCUGCGGGUCCCCCUGUGAUUGGUGAGAAGAGGAGGUCAGAGCAGAAAGCUGCUGGUGGUGUUGAAACCAAACGUCGGAGGCUAGUAACCAAAAGGUCUGCUCCGGCGCAGAAAAAACCUGCGGUUGUCGUUGAGCGUCAAGAUGAAGAUUUUUCUAUCUUCGAUGCUCCGGAGUCCCCUCCGCGUGCCAUGGGUGCGGGUGGAACGGAGGUGCCGUCGACACCUCCUGUCAAGGUGGUACCUGAGUCAACCGUGCAGAAGGAGGGUACCGCAGAGAAUGCUGCGGCCCAGAUAUUCGAUACUGUCGACUCGUCUAACAACCUGAUCUCUCCCAAUGAGGGAGACGAUUUGAGUUUGCGGUUCACUGCGACUGGGAAGCAACAUUCUGACGCUGAACCGCAAAAAACUGGCGCUGAAGCGCGGCAGCAUGAUGCUGGGCCGCAGAAGUCUUCGGUUGAUAAGGGUACUAGCUCGUCUGCCGGUGGUGCGGGGUAUGACGGGCCUCCAAUUCAGCCUGGGGAGUCUGAAUUGGAGUAUUACUACCGCACCUACUCCCAGGAUCGCAGUACGCUGUACCAUCGACCCCCCUGGACUGUAUUGCAGGGGGAUGAUAUUGCUAACGACCCUGCGGCCUGCAGGGAGAUCUUGGGUGGUCUGGGGACCCCCUUUGAAGUUGAGCGGGCUCGUGCCGCACCGCGGGAGCUGCGUAUAAACCAGCUCUCGACCAUGUUGGUAGGGACUUCCAUUGUGGCUAAUGCCAUUUUGGAAGAUUAUAAGGUGCUGGGCCGCCGCGAGGAGGAGGCUGCUCGUAUGCGGGCGGAAGCCGAGAAGUUGGUCGAGGCUGCUCGUGCGGGUGCGGAGCAGCUUGAGAAGGAUAAAGCUGCUUUUGAGAAGCAGAAGCAGACCUCUGAGUGGGCUGCUACUGUCCAACUGAAACAGGUGCGUACCCUUGCUAAACUCCUUGCUGAUGAGCGUAAGCGUUGGGAGGAAAUUUCAUCCAACGAGCGCAAGAAGUGGAACGAAUCUUGGGCUAAGCAGAACAAUCUUCUGUUUCAUACUCGGCAGGAGUUAGCAAACGCCAAGGCGGCAAAUGUUGCCUUGGGCAAUGAAAAAGCUGCGGCUGAGGCCGCAGCAGCUAAAGCGCUGCAGGCAAAGGAUGAGGCCCUGAAGGCGCUUGAAGAGGCCAAAGCAGCCGGGGCUCGUGCCUCAAAGGCCCUUGAAGAGGCCGCGGAGAAGGAGAGCCGUUCUUCCAAGGCUCUGGAAGAGGUGAAUGCGGAGCGCAUUCGUUUGGAUAAGGUUGUUUCCAGCCUUCAGGCUGAGGUUCAGGCCCGGGCGGUUGCGGUUACGGACCUUACUGCCCGCGUGUCUGAUGCGGAGAAGCGAGCCGACGCUGCCGUUGAGGCCAAGGAUGUCUUGGUGUCCUCUUUUAAUCAGCUGGAAGCUGACCGUGAGUGGCUGCGGGCUCACGGCAUUGCGCGUAUUGUCGAGGCUAUCAUGAAUGCUCCUGAGACCUCAUCUGGUUUGGACCUGGUUAAAGAGCGUGCGCGCGAUGCUGGCUUCAAGGCUGGUUAUAACCGCUGCAUUGGGCAUAUCAAUAUAUUGUCCGCAGGCGGUUAUACUGAUCAGGCAUCCGGGUUCCGUGAUGUGGAUACCGAGGGUCGUCUGAAAGCGGCCGUAGCCUCCUUUUAUGACACGCCCCUUGCCUGUGUAGGGGAGCUGGACGAGUGUUUGGAGGUUGCGGACUAUGUCGACCGCUUGCGGAUGCUUUAUCCGGAUGUGGAAGAGGAAGAACCCGCUGGUGGUGUCGGAGGAGACGCGGGGACCAGCGGUACAAAAUAGGGUUUAGGUUGGCUAGUGUGCCUCCUUUUUUGUAUUCCUCUUGUAUAGAAUAGGAACUUUAUGUAAAUUCCGUAAGCAUCAUGUGGAUACUUGAAUUUUUUGAAUAUAAAGUUUCUUUGUUCAGUUUGU